AUGGCGGCGGCGGCGGGAGCGGAGGCGGUGGAAGAUGCGGGCGGUGCGGUGCCGUGUGCGGGGUCGGGCCGCGCUGCUCGGCUGCCGCUGUCCCGCGUGAAGGCGCUGGUGAAGGCCGACCCGGACGUCGGUCUCGCCAGCCAGGAAGCCGUGUUCGUGCUGGCGCGGGCCGCGGAGCUGUUCGUGGAAACCAUCGCUAAGGACGCCUUUGUGUACGCCCAGCAGGGCAAGAGGAAAACCCUGCAGAGGAAGGACCUGGAUAACGCCAUCGAGGCCGUCGAUGAGUUUGCCUUUUUGGAAGGUACUUUGGACUGAGUUGGCCAGAAAUGGAGUUCUCUGCAGAAAGGGACUGCAGGCACCAGUGUGGGGUGGCAGGCAGGAUGCCAAGGGUUGGCUGUAGUUCCUGCACUGAGACACUGAAAUGGGCAACCGUAAUGCUUUGUACCAAGUUUAAGUCGUUGUAAGUUCAUUAUUUAAAGCACGUGGUUUGUUUCUCUGUAAGUAUUUCGUAUGACUUUGAGCCCCGUGUUCUGCUGCUGCACUGCAGGCUGCUCCCCAGCCCUGCCUUCCAGGGCACCACGGAGCAGAGAGCUCAGAUCCCGAGGCACAAACCUGAUGAUUUGUACGUAUCUGGUGGUUUAUAGAUAUGUUCUUAAAAUGGAAAUGUAUUUUUCUUUGUAUGUCUUUUGUUGGGCUUUUUUGUUGUUGUUUUUUUACCAAUGCAAUUAAAGGCGGUUGCUGAGUUGCUGUC